CAACAAGAUGGCGGCACCCCGGCACCAACCCCGGUGUUAUUUUAAAGGAAUUUUUACCGCAAAUCGCAGCAAAACCGGGCGAGACGGAUCCGCCAUCACUGUUUAACCAUCGGCACCGAUUUAAACCCCCUGGGAACCGGGAGAACGGCGGAAAGCUCCUCCCAUCCCAAAAAUCCCCAAAAAUUCCCAAAAAAUUCCCAAAAAAUUCCCCAAAAAAUGGAUUGAGGCCCCUCCCCCCCCUUGGAUGGCCCCCUGGAAUUUGGGGGGAUCCCAAAAUGGGGGAUUCGGAAAAUCCCGGGAAUUCCCCCAAGGACGAGGAGGAGGAGGAGGAAGAGGAGGAGGAAGAGCUGGACCCCCGGAUCCAGGAGGAGCUGGAGCACCUGAACGAGGCCAACGCUGAGAUCAACCGGGGAGAGCUGGAGCUGGACGCCGCGCGCUCGCGGUACCGCCGGGCGCUGUCGGAGUCGGCGCGGCGCCUGAACGCCCAGGGCUCCCAGCUGGGCACCUGCAUCGAGCGGGCACGGCCCUACUACGAGGCCCGGAGGAGGGCAAAGGAGGCGCAGCAGGAGACGCAGCGGGCAGCGCUGCGCUACGAGCGCGCCGUGGGCAUGCACAACGCCGCGCGCGAGAUGGUCUUCGUGGCCGAGCAGGGCAUGGGCACCGGCAAGAACCGCCUGGACCCCACCUGGCAGGAGAUGCUGAACCACGCCACCAGGAAGGUGAACGAGGCGGAGCAGGAGCGGCUGUGGAGCGAGCGCGAGCACCAGCGCGUGACGCGGCUCUGCCAGGAGGCCGAGGCCGAGGUGCAGCGGCUGCAGAAGAGCCUGAGGCGCGACAUCGCCCGCAGCCGGCCCUACUUCGAGCUCAAGGCCCAGUUCAACCUCAGGCUGGAGGAGCACAAAUCCCGGGUGACGGCGCUGGAGGCGGCCGUGGGCCAGGCCAAGCUCCGCUAUUCGGUGGCGCUGCGGAAUUUGGAGCAGAUCAGCGAGGAAAUCCACGCCCGGCGCUUCCAGAGAAUCCUCCGGAAAAAGAAAAAUAUCCGGGAAAAUCCCCUGGGGGCUGAGGGCGUCCCGCGGAUGGCGUCGGGAAUUCCGGGAAUUCCCAUGGAAUCCUCGCUGUCGCUGCUGAGCCUGCAGACGAUCGCCUCGGAUCUGCAGAAAUUCGAUUCCGUGGAACAUUUGGCCGGAAUUCCGGGAAUUUCGGGAAUGGCGGACGCGCUGAGCCUGCACAGCGAGGAACUGCCCGGGAGCGGCCGGAAAAGCUUCCGGCACCACCGGAGCGUCAGCUUGUGAAUGAGGGGAAAAUUGGGAAAAAUUCGGGAAUUCUGAAGGGAAAAAAUUGGGAAAAAUUGGGGAAAAAUGG